AUGGAUCGCCCCCGAACCGCCCGCGCCUGCUUUGUCAUACUCUGGUUCGGCUUUCUCUACGUUCGCGUCGCGUAUGGCUUUAUCGAACUUUUCCGACCGAUCUUGAAGUCUGUGACUCUAUCGCUUUUGAAAUGGAUCUUGGUCUUCUUCAAAUUCUUCCUCAAACUCUUCCUCGGUGGUGUGGCAUUGCUUAUCGUCUGUCUAAUGAUUAGACGGAUUGCCGCAGCCAGAAUGAACAAGUCUCGCGAAUCUGGACUUGCUGCCCGCGGAACACCUCCUGCUCAGUACAACAAAACGAACCUGGAAACGAAGAAAAAACCAUGGGGGAAAUGGGUGAGAGGGACAAACUCGUUCGACAAGGAUGAUUACAUAUUGACGAAGAUCGUCUAG